UUUUGAGACAAUGUUAUUGUUUGUUUGUUUUGUUACCUAACAUACAUAACCUGCAGUAUUUUAUAUUUUUUAUUUUUAAGUUACUUUAYAGUAGUUGAUACUUAGUUAGUUACUAGUUAGGUAGUGAGUAGUUAUGGAUUGUGUCGUUUUCUUUAUUAUUAUUAAUGUGUAAACAGUAUAAAUUACAAUGAGAGUUAUUUCUAUCACCGUUUUGGUUUUGUGUUUAUCUAGUGAGUAUACCCUAAAAUGUUUAGCAAACGAAUUCGUCGAUCCGUUAGAUAUGCUCAACUACGAUAGGUUGUCUAAAUCAAUGAAAAAUCCUACACCAAAAACAAUAACUGAUAAUCCUGUUCAAAAUGACCGUUGUACAGUUUUCCUUUUAAGAUUUAUCAAUAUACUGUUAAUGAACACUGGGCUAACAGAUAACAUUGAUCAACUGUCAAACAAUGGUAAAAAUAAAGAGCUGAAGUUGUAUACAUCAGUGACCCUUAGUGUUCAAGAUUUUGAACUUAUAAAACACAUGGUCAAUAAAAAGGAUAUAGAUUAUACAGAAAUUGAUCGAAUUUUAAGAGGCUUAUUUACUCCAGUGAAAAUGAACUCCACUCAAGAAGAAAGCAGUUUAAAAAUACAUGAUCUGAUUAACCAAGACGUGCUGUAUUGGAUUUCAGUUGGUUUUGGCUCAAUUGUUAUACUGUAUAUUGCUUUUAAAAAAAUUCAUCAUGUUUUCAGUCUAACGUUUGGUUUAUUUAUUAUGUUUUCACUUGCAUUUGCUUCAACCUGGUACACCAUGUAUACGAAAGCCGAAAUAAAUCGCAGAGUUCAUUUAGAGUACAUGCCUUCUCAAUGUCAAGCAAAGAGAGGCUGGUCUCCUUUUUCUUGGUUUCAACCCAACAAUUUAGAUGAGUGCAAGAAGUACAAAGAAGCGAUUUUUUUGGAUCCUAAAUAUUCUAUUGCUUUAACUGACAUAUUUGCUGAAAUGGUUAGUAAAAUGAUGAUGAAACCAAUAGAAGCCUUAGGAGAAUCUAUAUAUGUGUUCAAUAAAUCAGUUUUAAAGGAUAUACCAUAUUGGGCUCAAAUGAUUUUGAUUCCUAUCGUUAUUAUUAUAAUCAUCAAAACAAUUUUUUUAUCAAGUGCAUUGUUAGUUGGUCGAAGUUUAAACAUGAAAUACUUAUUUGGAUUUGGGGAUUCUACAAUUGGUUCAGAAUCAACAACCAGCAAUAACCAAUAUAUGACAAAUAAAAGGAUUAACAACGGUUUUCUUCCAACGACAUCAUCACAAAAUACUACUACUCAACUUCCUCAAUUACCAAAUGUUAAUUUCAAUAUCAAUUUAUUUCAUCCAAGUCCUACUCAAAAUACUCAAUUAUCAUAUGAUAACAAAUCCAAAAUAAAUUAUACAAAAGAAAACGAUUUAAUAGCAAUGMUAAAGGAUAAAGAGAUAGACAGUGUUGAUAGCAAAGAUUUUAAUAACCUUACAAAAAAAGCACCUAGACAUAGAACUUUAUCUAUUUGAUCUUCCAUUUUUAAAUAAUUAUGAUAUAUGAUCUGUUUUAUAAUUUAAAAAUAAUUCCGUUUUGGAUAAUAAUGAUGUAUUUAAAUAUAAGUUAAUUUUUGUAUAUAUUUUUACAUACAUGGUGUUCAUGAUAACAUAUACUUCUUAUGUAGUAGAAUAAUGGAGCUUCCAUCAAAAUACUACUUAAAAAUAGUUAUCACAUUAUUGACCACUAUGUAAUUUGUAUACUAUGUACACAGUAAUGUAUUAUACAAUUUUUAUAUUAAAAAAUAUUUUAAUUUUGUUGUUGCCAUUUUGAGGAUAUUUACAAUGAAAUAUAGUUUUCAUCAGAUUUA